UACAAAAAAGGUGAUUAAAAACAAUUGAGAUUUCAAGGCUCAUGUCAGAUCCCUGGCAUUUACAAAUAUCAAUAUUGGUAUUGAUAUCAGCCAUAUUGACCAGUAUCAGAUCAGUAUCAGAUCCAUACCUGAAUGCUCAGUAUCACCCAGCUCUAAUAAAAAGUUCCCCACCAGCUGCAGUGCAAUGAAAGGGUUAAACAUCAGGCCCCGCCUCCUGUGUCAGGAACAGCUAUGCUGCAGCUGAACCAGGAGGAAACCUGACAUGAAAAGCAGCUUCCGGAACUGGGAUAUGUUUCCUGUCAGUUGAGAGUCUGCAAAGAAGGAAAAGAAGGAGCUAAAGAAAGAUCAAGAGCAAGGAAACAAAGACUGAUUUGAGCAAAUCUGAGUCGACAAGCGAAACGGCUUUGAAGAGGUCAGAGAUAUCACAGCUGGCAACAGUCCAAAGACAGCAGGGAAAAAAGGCUCAAUGGCAUACCGACUUUUUGAGGGGAAGGAACAUGCUUCUAUCUACCAGAAGUACCGUUUCAACCCUCCAGCAGGGCUCAAAGACCUUAUCAUCCAGUACUUGGACAAGAGGAAAGGACCGCCACAUGAGCUGGCAGUGGAUCUGGGAUGUGGGACGGGUCAGAACGCCCGGCUCCUGGCUCCACACUUCAAAGAAGUGGUCGGCAUCGACAUCAGUGAGAGUCAACUGGGGGAGGCCAGAGCGGUGCCAGGGUUCUCCAACAUCACUUACAAAACUGGAACGGCAGAGGAGCUUCCGUUUCCAGACGGUUCCGUUGACUUAUUGGCAGCUGCUUCAGCUGCUCACUGGUUUGACGUGCCGAAGUUCUUGGCUGAGGCGAAUCGGGUUCUGAAACCUGGGGGCUGCAUGGCUCUGUUGGGCUUUGGAGACAACUGCCCCAAAUUUGUCUACAAGGACUGUGGAGACAAACUCAACUCCAUUUAUCAAGAGGUGAAGGAUGUGCUGAAGCCGUACACGAAAAGACCAGUUAUUGAGUCAGAGAACAAGCUGGAAAGCCUCUUCCAGGCGAUUCCUUUUCCAGAUAAGGAGAGGAUUGAGAAUUUCCCCCUAAAAUUGAGCAUCUCUGUGGAGGGCUUGAUGGGAUUCAUCAGCAGCUGGUCCAUGUUCCAGGCUUACAGAGCGAAUGACCCCAGUGGAGCUGAACACCUGCUGGUCAGCACGGAAAAGAGGUUCCUGCAGGAGAUGGGCGUGGCUUCCCCUACAGCAGAAGUUGUGCGCGACUGGGAAUAUUUCUGUGUUCUGGCAUCCAAACCACUCUAACUCUGGAGAGAAGAUAAAGCAGCAGCAAAAAAAUUUGACACUUUAUGACCACUCUUGAGAUGAAUGCACAUUUUCAGUAAAAGAAAGGUACAAUCACAGAUUAUAUGUUUUAUUUUCAUUGCCUUUUAUGGGAUCUUUUAAAAUGCUAUUUGAAAAAAGUUUAAAGAUGAAUUGCAAUUCCACUCAAAUUCUUCAAUUCAUUAAACUGAAUUUGGUCUAUUCUGUAAACAUGUAAAAGUGUUAACCCUUUAACUAACUACCCAGAAAACAAACAAAAAAAAAAUCACCAGAAAAAGUAUUUUUUCUGCUGCUUAUUGCCUUGGUACGGAGGCCCUAAAGAUAUAUCGAAUUAGAAAAUAAAAAUUAAAGUAUAAAUAAAUAAAUAAACGGCCUAAAAUAAAUAGACAUUUAUUCAGAAUUUUUUUUAAACUUCCAUUUUUAGAAAAAUAAAAUUGUGGUUAGUCACUGGUGUGCACCAGAUAGUAACUGAAAAACAAAGUUUUUCUAAAAAUUGCAGAAAAAAAUUAUACAAAAAAGCACUAACUGGUACCGGUUAUUAUCUGUUGCUCAUCUGCCAGUAACUAGAUUUUUUUUUUUUUUUUACCUCAAUUUUAUUUUCUUCUAUCUCUCUUUUGGUACCUUACCUUGGGCUUUAAUACACACAAUCAAUAUUCUUAAAAACAUGUUUUCUAAAUGUCCCCCACCGUUUGGUUGAGCAUGCAGUUAAAGGGUUAAUAUUGGCCGUUUUCCAUCAGGUAUUAACGCUAAAACAAAAAUGAAAAAAGUUCAUGUUUUCAUGUAUUGGUUAGUAGCAUUUAUGUUCAUUUUUGCUUCAAGUCAAAUGGACCAAAGAGGACGUCAGAAUUUCAUCAAAAAAAUAAAUGUUUCUUUUUUCCUCAAGAAAAAAGUAGAAAGUUUGCAAACUGGACCUUCAAAAGAAGUCAGUAGAAACAGAUUUAACUCAGGCAACAACCUUAACUUUAACUUAACCAACAAAAUAGAUUAAGUAACAGAAAUAAAUGGACCUAAGAAGACAAUUCUCAAGGGUAGGGGUCUGCAACCCGAGGCUCCUUUAUCCCUCUUUUGUGGAAACAUAACAAUUCAAAUUAUUAUUAUUUUUUUUGUAUAUUUGGUUGUUACUUGUUACACUGUGACAGAUUUCUGUAACUGAUCAGUAUUUUACUGCAAAGUCAACAGUAAAGUACUCUAUAAAACUUUACAGUGUUUUACUGCAAACAUCAAUGAAUUGUGGGAAUUUACUGUCAAAACCAAUGAAUUAUGGGAAUUUGUUUUAAUAAGCAAUGGAUUGUGAGAAUUUCUCUUGUCACUACUGUUUUUCCCAUUUCCAGUGAAUACGAAAAAUGUCCAUAAAUUUAUGGCCAAUCCCAAAGAACUACGUCAUUAUUCUUUCUUAAAUGGAUUCAGUUUAAGCUGCUAUCUCUAACUAGUACAAAGACUGUUUAUUGUAAGAGAGUUCCUAACAUUGUUCACAUGUGACGUCACUCAUAAAAAAAAAUAAAAAAACUUCUGUUAAUUCAAACUAUAGUUUUUUUAUGUUUUGGACUCAAUAAAAUUCUCUGUGGAAAGGA